AUGCUUCCAUGGAACCCCGCUAGGACAAAGGUCCAAAUCAAGCUCUCGAUUCAGCGCCUCCGGACGCUGCAGGAGAAGAAGCUCGCUCUGGCCAAGAAGGCCCGUCGCGACAUUGCCGAUCUCGUCCAGAAGGGUCGUAUCGAGAACGCAAAGCUCCGCGUCGAGGGCCUUAUCCAGGACGAUAUCUACGUUGAGCUGCUCGAGCUCCUGGAGCUCUAUGCAGAGACGCUGCAAGCGCGUUUCGGCCUCCUUGAUGCUGCAAGUGGCGAGACGCCCGAGCCCAGCGUCGCCGACGCAGUGUGUGCCAUCAUCUACGCAGCGCCCCGUACGGAGCUCAAGGAGCUGCAGGUCCUGCGUGAGAUCCUGAUGCACAAGUAUGGCCGUGCGUUCUCCCUUUCUCUGCAACCCUCAGACCCACCUCCCGCCGUUGUUCCCCAACGAAUCGUCUCCAAGCUCGUCCUGUACACUCCCCCAGCCGCGCUCGUUGACGCCUACCUCGGUGAAAUCGCCCGCGGCUAUGGUGUGAGCUACCUGCCUCCCUUGGAGGAUGGUGUAGCGGACGCAGCGCUCGAGCCAGAGAAGGACGACGGAGGGGAGGGCAGCGGUGGCAGCGGCGACGGCGAGGGAAGCGGUUCCGGCGCUGCCGGUGGUGACGACGAUGAUGACGACGUGGGCGGCGUCAAGGAGCCAGCCAAGGCCGUUGCCAUUGCCAUUCCCAUCCCAGACGAGAAGUCGCCCAGCGUGAGGGCUCCUGUGCCUUCGCCACGUACAACGGGUCCCACAGUGGUCAAGAAGCACACUGAGGACGACGACCUCGCUGCGCGCUUUGAACGUCUCAAGAAUUUGAAGUAG